AUGGCCUUCGUACUUUUCUGUUCUGCUUCUCAGUGCACGCUCGGAAGGCCGUUCCAUACUGUUUCAGUUGGCAACGGCGACGGUAAAGCAGAGUGUGCAGAGCUAUCGAUCAACUUGUUUCCUCAACCGCAAACUCUGUUGAAACGACUCAGUCCAAAGUUUUUCAAUAGUGCAGCAUCCAAGGAUCUCCCUGCUGGCCGCCAACUCCCAAAGUCUACUGAGAGAGGUCCGCCGGCCACAAGUCUAGUGAUUCUGGCUUGA